UAAAGCAAACACAGAGAAAGAAAAAAAAGGUUGGUUGUUAUUAUAAAAGAAACAGAGUGGGAAAAGGUCGCACCGAAUGCUUCGAAAGGCUGUUUGCACUGUUUCAUUCAACAGUUGCUAAGGUCACAGACUCACAAAGGUAACAACAAAGAGACACCCCGACAACGCCAAGCCAAAGGAUACACACACACAUCUAAACGAAUUCUGUGACUGAGUCACAACGGCAAAAGCAAACAAAGGAGUUAAGUGCUUCUUGAAGGAAGAACAAUGAAUAAAGUUCCGGGCGUUAAUUUGGAAUUUGUGCGCGAAGACGACUUUGUGGAAUAUUACAUAUUUCCACAAUUGUCCGCUGUCGAUGGUGCAGCUGAAGAUGUGUUAGAAGAGCAGGUGUGUCAGCAAUUGUCGGAGGUGCAGGCAGAAUGUAUGGCCAUUGUGCAACAGAAAGUCACAGAACGUAGCUAUAUUUGGCACAAGGACGAAUUUCAGUUGCAGGCGCGAACAGGGAGCGCCAAGGAACGCAUUCUUAAUGAUGAGACCAACGAUGAUGAUGAUGGUGAAGCCCUGCCGCCUCAUCUUCACGGCAUCACACAUUAUGGCGACAACAUUGGCGAUGAAUGGUUCAUUGUCUAUUUAUUGUGUGAGUUGACACGCCUGCGGUCCGACUUUAUAGCCCGUAUCUGCGAUGCCGAUGGCGAAUUUCUGCUCAUCGAGGCCGCAGAUGUGCUGCCCGAUUGGGCCUCGCCGGAGACCUGCGAACAACGCGUCUAUUUGGUCAACGGUGAGCUUCAGCUCGUCCAGAAUUCUCCAUCCACAACGAAGGGUAAACGCAUGCCUAUGGCCACUGCGGUGCAACGUAUUUGUCUCAAUCCCACACUCUAUCGCUGUUCGAAGGCCAUGCAGGGCUGCAUCGAGGCUCGAAUUCGAGAGUUCGUGCCGGCACAGCCUCAUUUAGCCACACAUCGUCAGAUUGUGGAGCUGCCACAGAAUGCCGCUGUACUGCUGAAGCAACGCCCAGCCCUCAUUGCAUCCGCAGUGCGUGCCUUUUGCGAGCGUGACACAAUGGAUGCAAAGGCACUGCGCGUCAUGCGCUACUUUCCGCCGGAGUCGACGCGCGUGCGCACAAAUGUAACAUUCACACGCUGCCUCUAUGCCAUGCUGAUGCACAGCCAAUACACGCCAGAGCGCAAAGUGGGUUGGCAGCUGACAAAUGCUGGCAAUGCAGAGCGUUACAAGGAACAGCUGUUGGGCGUGAAGAUUGCCAGCGGUCUGGAGAUUCUGGCUAGUCAAGCGAAGCGUGAAGGCGAAAAGGUAGAGGAAACGCCAGCGUGGCGGGCAUAUUUGCGUAGCCUGCAAUCUAAGGGCUACUUCCGGGACAACAUUGAGGGAAGUGCAGAGUAUGGGAGUCUUUUGGCGACGGCGCUCGAGUAUUUUAAAAGCAAUCAGGCACGUUUUCGCACUGCGCCGCGGGUCGGCGCUGAAAUUCUUGAGCUCUUACGUACAAGUGACAGUGAAAAGGUCGAGCAAUUGCGCGACGAGGAGAACAAUCUACAGCCCAGCGAUAAAGACGAUUGGCUGAGCAUAAGCGCUGAGGAUUUGGAUGCUAUGCUUCAAGAGCGUUAUGGUCCAAAAAAACUCUACAAGCCCAAUGGCGAUAUGAAUGCGGCCGAGUUUACAAAACAGCUGAGCGAAUUUUUAGAACAACAGUCCAACUUCGAAGGCAUUGAACCGCCAACUGAUGGAGCCGACAUGCUCGACUCUGACGAUGAUGAGCCUACGCCGGCGACUGGCGCGAGCAGUCACAAGAGUCCAGCUGAGCGCAAACGUGAGUUUGGGGCGAAGGUGAAAAAGAAUAACUCGAUGCGUAAGGCAUGUCAACGCAACUCACUGCUGAAGGAGGAUGAUGAGCAGGAUAGCACGCAUGUGCGCAACUUCCUGGACUUUGUCAUACCCGAGGACAAUUGGGACUCCACAUCCGAGAUGAGCGACUAUGCAGAUGAGGAAGAUCUGGAGCGAAACUUUGAUGCUGCAUUGGCGGGCAGCAGCAGCGCCUUCGGCUUGGACCACAACAUAAAAGCCUAUAUGGAGCAAAUGGACCGCGAGUUGGCACAGACCACUGUAGGCAAGUCCUUUCAUGGGAAGAGCAAUUCACGCACUUCAAAUCGCACGGGCAAUGAUGAUGACGAUGAUUUCGACGACAUUGAGGAUUUCGAGCCCAUCAAUAUAAAUGUGAAUACUCUAAAGAAUAUGAUGGACAGCUACAAGUCACAGGUCGGCGGUGCUGGACCCGUCUCAAAUCUCUUAAAUGCCAUGGGUGCGGGCAUGUCUGUUGCAGCAGCUGCUGAAAGCGACAAGCCCAAAGAUCUCUCCGAAUCAGCGGUCUAAAUUGACAUCAUUAGCCCUAAGUCCCAGACACUGAAUUUGUUUCUGUAGCGUUGAAUAAAAAUGAUGCACGUGUAUUUGAAGAAACAUACUACAUAUAUGAA